UGUAAAAGUAGGGACAGAAGGAAGCUGUACCGUUUGCAUAGUGAAGGAGAGUGAGACGGGAGGUCGUUGGUUGGUGCACUGGAAUGUGACGUCAGCAGCUUGUUGGAUUGAGGUUCUGUGUCCUGCUGAUUUUAAUCCUAACUCAUUAAGGAACUGAGAGCAAGUACCCGAGCAAGCUCUCAGGGGAAAACGGAGAAAGUGACUUGAAAAGGAAGGACUUCUGAUUAAGUCUUCAGAGGGAGAAAAGUGGAGUUACUGCACAGCCCGAGAAACAGAAGAAGGAAGAAAUCAAGCACUUUGAUUUUCAGUCUCAUGACUACGUUCAUUCGUCGACAUUUCUCGUGUUUGUCGUAAAGCUCUCUGCUUGCGCUGUUAACGUGUGGCCUGUCGAAGCAUGCCCACCAACGGGAUUAACAAGGCUCUAAAGCUGCAGUUUGGUCUAAUUAACCAUGAGAACCGCUACCUGACCGCUGAAGCAUUUGGCUUCAAGGUGAACGCCUCUGGCAUCAGCCUGAAGAAGAAACAAAUUUGGACUUUAGAACAGGAUGAGCAAGAUGGUCAGGUUGUGUUCCUCCGAAGCCACUUAGGACGCUACCUUGCUUCGGACAAAGCUGGAAAGAUCAUAUGCGGGGCAGAGAAGCCUGACCCCGAGUGUCGUUUCCUUGUUGUGCCCCAGUCUGAUGGUCGCUGGGCACUGCAAUCAGAACCUUACCAACGUUACUUUGGAGGGUCAGCGGACUAUCUAUCGUGCUUUGCCCAAGCCAUUGGGGAACAAGAGCUAUGGGCUGUUCAUCUGGCUUUACACCCACAGGCGAGCCUGCUCAGUGUGGCACGGAAGCGUUAUGCCCAUCUGUCUGCCUCUGAUGGAGAGAUCUCAGUAGAUAGCAAUAUCCCCUGGGGGGUGGACUCCCUGGUUACUUUGGUAUACUUGGAUGGAAAAUACAGUCUGAAGACCUGCGAUAGCCGCUUUCUCAGCAAUGACGGCAAACUUGUGAAGGAGAACUCUAACACAACCAGCUUCACGCUAGAACUGAAGUCCGGGAAGCUGGCCUUUAAGGACUGCGAUGGGAAAUAUCUUGCGCCGGUGGGCCCCACAGGAACCCUGCGCUCUGGCCGAUGCUCGAAGCCCGGAAAAGAUGAGCUCUUUGAUUUGGAGGAGAGUCAUCCACAAGUCGUCUUUCAGGCUGCUAAUAAAAGAUUUGUUUCCGUCAAGCAAGGAUUGAGUAUUUCAGCCAAUCAGGAUGUGGAGACUGACAUGGAGACUUUCCAGAUGGAGAUCGAUAAGGAGAGCAAAAAGCCAAUGUUCAGGACCAAUGGAGGGUCCUACUGGACUCUAGUGACUCACGGAGAGAUCCAGUCCACUGCCACAGAGGUAGAGGUCAACACAAUGUUUGACGUUGAGUGGCGAGGACACAGGGUAGCCCUCAAGGCCAGUAAUGGAAAGUAUGUGUGCACAAAGAAAAACGGGCAGCUCUCAGCGGUCAGCGAUACAGUGGGUGAUGAUGAAUUACUUCUGAUGAAACUCAUCAACCGUCCAAUGCUGAUCCUUCGCGGAGAGAAUGGCUUUGUGUGUCACCACAAGAACUCCAACACCCUCGACGCCAAUCGAUCGGUCUACGACAUCUUCUCGUUGCUCUUUGAUAACGGCGCCUAUCACAUUAAAAGUGUGAAUGGGAAGUUCUGGUACAUCUCAAGCAGUGGCCUCGUCUGCUCUGAUGGAGAAAAAGCAGAGGACUUUUUCCUUGAGUUUCCGGAACAUGGACGCGUUGCCAUUAAGGGCUCCAAUGGCAAGUACCUUCGUGGAGACCAGGGAGGCACGCUGAUGUGUGACGGUGUAUCUGUUGAUGCAUCGUCUCUUUGGGAAUACUGAUCCAUUCAUACUCGGUCCAAAAAAAGGGCCUGUGUUUCAGGUGCAAAACCCACUUUGACCAAAUCAAAUGACAUGGACUGACAUCAUAACCUGCCUAUUUUUGUACUAGGUAUCAAAUCCCAUGCUUUUUGAUGUUUGUUUGUUUUUUUUAUGGGAAAGAAGUGAAUAAUUUAGAAAAGGUGUGUGAGUCUUUUUUCUCGUGAAUUGUAGAUGGGGUUUUUUUUUCUUUGGAAUGACAACAAAUGCCAACAUCAAAUGAAACAUGCUGUGUUGAAAUGUGAAAUUUGAUAACUAAGUUAUAGAUCAAUGGCUGUCCCAAUUUUAUUUAUUUUUGCCUAUAUUUAUUUAAUAUGUGUAUAAAAGUACCAACAUUUGAUGCUCACUGAUUUUAGAGACAGAAGUGUUUCAUUGCAAUCCAUUUGAUAUCAUUUAUCAUUAGGCUGUUCAGAAAACUGACACAUGAAUGCAAAAAUAAAAACUUAAUCAUAUUUAUUGCUGCUACUUUCCACAAACCAAAACAAUGGAUGUUUCAAAGGAUUUAAAAAACACAGACCAAACCUAAGGCAGAGAGGAACAGUUCUUAUCAACGUUAACCAAACACUUUAUAUGAUAAACAAAAAUAUAUGUUUUUUUGUCAUUUAUGUAAAAAGCUAAACUUUUAGGUGUGAAUAUUUAUUUGUUUUUAUUUAUUAAUAAUAAGCAAUUUUCCUACUUGCAUUGCUCUGAGUAGAACCGUUUGGUUACUGAAGCACCGUUUGAGUAAAUCAGCAAAUGGCUGCAUCAGUGGUGCUUUGAUUUGUCUUAAUGGCUCAUGUACAGCUUACAUGAAAGAGAGAUAAAUCGUGAAUGAAGCAGAGAUGAUAAAAUUACUCUAAAGACCUCAGCAGUGCUGUAUGCAUAAAGUAAAUCUACACAUUGCUAACUAUGCUGCAAAAACAACAUGUUGCACGCUUGGGGAAACAAUGCAGGACCAGAAACAUCAUACGGAUACAUCAGCAACAAAGAAGAAACCACAAAGUAGCACAUUUAAAUGACUUUUUACGUCUUGCUGAGAACUCAGAAAGUGCUUCUCUGGUGUUCUGCCUUAAUUCACAAUACACUCUAGAUCCCUUUGUACCAGUCUUUUGUGUUGAAAGAUGUGUAGUAGGAUAAGUACAAAUAAUGGUUUAUGAUGACAGAUAUUUUUUUUAUAAAACCCUGCAAAAUGGCUUAAGGAAGGAUCAGAGAAAAUUUUAAGCCUGAAAUGGGAAUAAAAUUUAAAAAUCUAGGAAGUUUGAAAAUAAAUAGAUUUUUAGGUAGCCUAGAACCAAAUGGGAGAAUUGACUGGUCCCAGCCAUAUUGAGUUAAAAAAAAACAACAACUAUACUUUAUGUAUCUUUAAUAAUGUUUGAUAACCAUGCUCCCAGAACUGAGGGGCUAUCCGAGCCAAGAGCCUCCAAAUAACAUCAAUCAUUCUUAUCUUCUCAGCAGCUCUUUAAACAAGCACACCCUUUGAAAACAUGAUAAAUAGCUUCCCGUUGACCCAUGACAGAAAUGGCCUAGUGUUCUGACUAAGAAUGAACUGAGCUUAUUACCUAUUAUUGAGCACUAAACACAUUACAAGUAGCAAACUAGAAUUAGAUGGUGAACACACAGGACAACUUAAAACCAUGUAAAAUAUUUGUCAACUCUCCUAAGGAUAGAACUGAAUUCACUGUGGUUUUUCAUGUGUGUAAUCUGCAAUUAAAAAACAUGACUUUUGGCAGCAAGCUCUAAAUCGCUUGGCUAAUCAUGCAACCUUGUAUUAGCUCGACCGAAAACUUAUUGUCUUGUUUUAGAGAGCAUUUAAUAUGUUAAUGGAUACUUUCUCUUUUAUUGUCUUUGUUUUCUGAUAUAAUUUUCAAAAUGUUGACAAUAAAACUUGGUUACAAAAUA